AUGGACGAAAUGAAAUUCUGUCAUGUUUCUGUUGAAAAAUUAAAACUUUACAUUGGUUCUUUAAAAAGUGGCAAGGCUUGUCCAGAGGGAGACAUACCUGCAGAUCUGCUCAAAGCUCAUGCAAAUGUUUUUGUUAAGCAGUUCAGUCACUGUUUUAAUGACUCAUUAUAUAGGUGCAUCUUUCCUGAGUCUUUGAAAUUUGCGGAUGUGUCUCCACGCUACAAAGCAAAGUCUAGGGUCUGCAAAGAAAUUUAUCGGCCAGUUAGUAAACUGCCAAACAUGGCUAAGGUGUUUGAAAAGAUCUUAUUUGAACAGAUAAGUGAGUUCAUGGAGGGGAAAAUGUCAUCUAUCUUGUCUGGAUACAGUAGCCAACAUGCUCUUUUAAAUCUAAUGUGCUUUCUUCAAAAAAAGUUAGACUCUAAAAAGUGUGUUGCUGCCUUGCUCAUGGAUCUAAGCAAGGCUUUUGACUGUAUUAACCACAAGCUGCUUAUUGCUAAGCUUCAUGCUUAUGGAUUUUUUUCUAGUCCAUUAUCUUUUAUUGGGAGGUAUUUAAAGCAGCGCUUUCAGAGAGUAGGUGUUGAUGGGGGGUUUUUGGUUUUUGGAAGAAAAUUUUUUCUGGUAUACCACAGGGGUCAAUUUUGGGGCCGUUACUGUUUAACAUAUUUUUAA